AAUAAAAGUUGUUGUAAGAGCGCGUGUGUGCACGCGAGGGGAGGAAAACUGGCCGGUGGAUGAGAGGCUCGAGACAGCGGAGCGAAGUGAACAAACCAACCGGCAGCGGCUACUGGAUAAUUUCUCCCAUUGAAUAAAUCAUUAUCGGUCUUUUCUGCACCGAUUUAGAGUCUCAACGCAGAGAUAAGAAACACCUCUUCGACGGAAUACCGAUGAGAGAUGAUUUGACAGUUAAAACUGACUCUACCUCUUUGGACUGUAGCGAUGUUUAAACCUCUGCGUGCAUAGUUCCCCCCCCCCCCCCAUCCCUCUGUCACCGUGGACUUAUCAAUUUGUUUCGGUAUUGCUGUUGAAGGAGCUUUUUCUGAGGCGAGAUGACGGAAAUCAGCGAAAAGGAGAAUGAACCACAAAACCGGGACCUUCGCCGACCACAUGCUACCGUGCCCAGCCAGCCCGAAACAAAGUUGCAGCGGUUGAAGCGCUCCCUUUCCUUCAAAUCAGUCAUGCGUAGCAAGAGUGUGGACAACUUUUUCCAGCGCAGUAACGGCGAAUCUCGGCCUGCCUCGGCCCUCAUCACCGCACCUCCACCCCUGCCAUCUCCUCCCCCCAUCCUAGAGUCCCCCCUGGCCUAUGAGCGCUCUCCAUCCCAUUCCCCGUCUAACAGUCCCAACCCCUCGUUGUCGUCACGCUCGCCUUCCAUCAGUCCCUCACUGUCCGUUUCCUCCAAAACUCAGACAAAGUCUCAGGUGCAGCCGGUCAAGACCCACUGUUUCCAGGAGCACGUCUUCCGUCGGCCUACCAACUGCCAGGGAUGCAAACACAUGAUUCAAGGGAACUCCAAGCAGGGGCUGCGUUGUAAAGCCUGUAAGAUGGCGGCCCACCUCUGGUGCUCGUCGGAGCUCUCCCAGCAGCCGUGUAAUGGCAAGACAGGAGCUUUCAAGAGAAACUUCAGUUCUCCUCUUUUAACCACUGAUACGCUGGGCGUGGUCAGAGAGGCUCCUGCUGCACAGGAGGCAGAUAAUGGCCUUCUUGACCCUGUGUAUGAGGCACUGCGCUAUGGGACGUCGCUGGCUCAGCUGAGCCGCUCCAGCUUCAGCAGUAUCUCAGAGUCGCCCUGUCAUGAGGAGGAACAACUGCAAGACAAACUAGAAAACCAGCCGAUAGCUGAAGAGGAGCACAUCCCAGGAAUGCUCACCCCUCCUGAAAGCGAGAAGGCUGAUUCAGAAGACAGGGUCAGCCUAAAGACUCCUAAGAAAGUAGAGGUGCACUCCAUCCACACAUACGUGGCUCUCUACAAGUUUCUGCCUCAGGAGAAGAACGACUUGGAACUACAGCCUGGCGACAGGGUUCAAGUCACAGAUGACUCCAACGAGGACUGGUGGAAGGGGAAAAGCAGAGACAAAAUGGGAUUAUUCCCGGCCAAUUUUGUGCAGCGUGUCCGCCCUGGUGAGCGUGUGUGGAAGGUCACAGAUGGUUUCCAUGGCAACAGAGACAAAGGCCAGAUGACUGUUAAAGAAGCCCAGAUCUGUGUGGGGAAGAACGAGGAGAUUGACGGUUUCCUCCGGCUGAGCAGCGGGAAGAAGAGAGGCUUGGUCCCCGUGAAGUAUCUGCUAGAAAUAUGACGACUUCUCCUUGACCCUCAGUUUGAUAAAGAAGUUCACGGAGGAAUACUCAGGAGUGUUUAACCGACACCUCACUGACCGCAAACCACCACCCACCUCCACCCCUCCAAAAAAGUAGCAGUGAAUCAGCAGCUCGAGUGGACCCACAACUUUGCUUGUUACUGCAGAAGCUUUUAAGACUAAAAGGAGGUGGGGGGGGGGGGCUACUUUUCUUGUAGCACAACUUUACUUUGUGUGGUUUUAUACACACUCACAACAGAAAUGUAGCAUCAUGUUGAAGAGGAUAGUGAGCAGGAAGCCUGGCUACCUCACUAGACAUUUCCAUUAGUCACCGCCUGCGAAAAAAUGGGAGUGGACUUCCUUACUAUGAUGUCAAGGCGUGUCCAAGCCUUGUGAGUCUUCAUGUCACUGUUCGCGUAGACAAAACGAGACGUACGAGAUUGUGAAAGAUUGUAGCUGUUUUAUUGUGGUGGCUUGUGCAAACACUUUUUGGUUGUUUCAAACCCUUUAAAAGAUUUGGAUAAGUAGAUUCGACUGAGGGUGUAUAAACCCUAACAAUCUGGUUUUGAAUGUGCAGACUGCAGCUCACAACAUGCACACGUCUGCUGUUGUAAUAAGGAAUUCAUGAUGUGUGUCUCUCGUGCUCCGACUAGAAAUGAUUCAGGUAUUACAUUGAGUGUGUUGUAAUAAAAAAAAAAAAUAUUAAAAGUCUUCUCCGCUACAUCUAGGA